AUGGAAAGAUGUUCUCCUGUUCUUAACAUUGCCAAUGGAGUGGAUGUUGGUGAAGCAGCCUUUCCAAUUUGGAGGGAUCAUUUCAAGACCUUGCUGAACCACCUAGCACCGUCAGCUCCUGAACUCGAGCACGUUCAUAGACCGACAUAUGCGGUUAACGAGGAGCCACCGACCGAGUCGGAGGUUCUAGUCUAUAUUCAAAAAAUGAAGGAUCGAAAAUCUGGUGGAAACGACAGGAUUAGCGUAGAAAUGCUAAAAUAUCUUCCUCCGUCUGUGAUUCGUAAAAUGACCAAAAACCAUCUGUUCAAUAUGGAUCGACAACAGGAUGCCCCACUAGAGGAGACACUAUCAUAA